AUGACGGUGGCGCGUGAAAGGCACUUAAGAAAAGGGAGAGUUGAAGUCAAAGAUCCCACAAUUCGAGCUCUUGCUCCUCCUUCACAGAACAUAAUCCGUGAUAUUGCAGGUCACAUUGUUGAAGUUCGCCCCUUCUUUCACUUCAUUAGUGCUUCUACCACUGGCAGACACUACUCUGUGGGAAAGGAAAGGAGAUUUCACCAAAUGAAAAAAGAAUGGGGAAUUGAUCAAUUUAUUCCUCUCAGAGACUUCAACCUUGUCUCCAAAGGUUAUCUUGUGGAUGACACGUGUUCUUUUGGAGCAGAAGUGUUUGUUUGCAAAGAUAGAAACAGACGCAAAGGAGAAAGUUUGGUGAUGAUGAAGGAUGUUAUUCCAUACAAGCAUCUCUACGAGUUUGACAACCUCUCACACUUGAAUUCAGAAUGUUGUGAUUCUAAACCAUUCAAUGCUGGAAACUUCAAGUGGAAGAUAAAACUAUAUCCCAAUGGAAAAGGUGCUGAAUUGGGAAAUUAUCUUUCUCUGUACCUAGCCUUUGCUGACCCAUCAACCCUUUCUCCCACUUCCAAAAUAUAUGCACAGAUAGCACUACGCAUACUUGACCAAAAGCAAGCCAAGCAUCACUUUGGAAAAGCUAACUACUGGUUUAGUGCCUCAAGCCCUGAAAAUGGUGCACCCAGGUUUAUGCCGAUCAAUAGUUUCACAAAUCAAAACUCAGGUUAUCUGGUGAAGGAAAGUUGCUUGGUGGAGGCAGAGGUUAUGAUUCUUGGAGUGGUUGAUGAUUUUUCUAAAAUUGUUUAA